CGUGUGCUAAUUUGUAAAUCAAAGCAUUCACCAAUGAUAGGGGAAGAGGAGGACCAAGGCUCUCGCGGGGAAAAGAGGGCGCCUUCGUGGGACUCGAUGUCGCCGACGGAAAAGGCGUUGUGGCUCAUCGAGGAGCGGCUGCGGCAGCAACACCUUCUGCUGCACGGACUAGACCAGCAGCAGGAGCGACCACAGCAGGAGCACGACCAUCAGAGGUUGGAGAAGCGGCUCCAAGAGGAAGAAGAACAGAAAAGGCUGGAAAAGAAGCAGAAACAAAAGAGAUUGGAAAAGUCGAGGUCCCACGAAGAAGAAAAACAGUCGCGGGUGGAAAAGAAGCAGAGAAAGCCAGAAAAGUUGAUGUCCCAAGAGGAAGAGGAGCAGCCGUGGUUGGAAAAGAAGCAGAAGGAGAAAAGAUUGGAAAAGUUGAUGUCACAAGAGGAGGAAGAAAAGAAGCGGCUGGAGAAGAGGCAGGAGAAAAGAUUGGAAAAGUUGAUGUCCCAAGAGGAAGAGAAACAGAAAAGGCUGAAAAAACAGAAACAGAAGAGAUCGGAAAAGUUGAUGUCACAUGAGGAAGAGGAACAGCAGAAGCUGGAAAAGAAGCAGAAGGAAAAGGAAUUGGAAAAGUUGAUGUCACAUGAGGAAGAGGAACAGAAGAGGCUGGAAAAGAAGCAGAAGGAAAAGGGAUUGGAAAAGUCAAUGUCCCAAGAGGAAGAGGAACAGCAGAGGCUGGAAAAGAAGCAGAAGGAAAAGGGAUUGGAAAAGUCAAUGUCCCAAGAGGAAGAGGAACAGCAGAGGCUGGAAAAGAAGCAGAAACAGAAGCGAUUGGAUAAGUUGUUAUCUGAAGAGGAAGGAGAGAGAAGGCUGGAAAAGAAGCGGAGACAGAAGAGACUGGAAAAGAAGGGUUCUCAAGAGGAAGAGGAACAGGAGCGUCUGGAAAAGAAGCAGAAGGAGACAAGACUGGAAGAGUUUAUGUCCCAAGAGGAAGAAGAACAGCAGAGACUGGAAAAGAAGCAGAAGAAAACAUUGGAAAAGUCGAUUUCUCAAGAGGAAGAAGAACAACAGAGGCUGGAAAAGAAGCAGGAGAAAAGGUCGGAAAAUUUAAUGUCUCAAGAGGAAGAAGAACAGCAGAAACUGGAAAAGAAGCAGGAGAAAAGGUCGGAAAAGUUGAUUUCUCAAGAGGAAGAAGAACAACAGAGGCUGGAAAAGAAGCAGGAGAAAAGGUCGGAAAAUUUAAUGUCUCAAGAGGAAGAGGAACAGCAGAGGCUGGCAAAGAAACAGAAACAGAAGAGCUCAGAAAAAAAGAGUUUUCAAGAAGAAGAGGAACAGCAGAAGCUGGAAAAGAAGCAGAAACCAAAGGGCUCGGAAAAGUCGAUUUCCAAAGAAGAAGAAAAACAGCAGAGACUGGAAAAGAAGCAGAAGGAGAAAGGAUUGGAAAAGACGAGUUCUCAAGAGGAAGAGGAAAAGCAGAAAUCGGAAAAGAAGCAGGAGAAAAAAUUUGAAAAAGCAAAGUCCCAAGGGAAAGAGAAAAGGCAGCGGCUGGAAAAGAAGCAAAAACAGAAAUUGGAAAAGUUGUUGAGGUCCUCGGAGAAAGAGGAACAGCAGCGGUUACAGGAGCUAAGAACGUUGCAGAAGAAGCAUGAACCGCAGAGGCUACAACAGGAGCAGAAGCAACUACAGCAGGUGGAGCAGCAGGAGCACGAGAAGGGGAAGACAGCAGCAGAUGGAUCGUUAGGGAAACUAGAAAGGGAUCUUGAGAGUUCGCCGGAGACUUUGGUGCCGCUAACGGAACCCCUGACGGAGCCGCCGCUAUACUGGGCAUACUACGUAACACUGGCGCUGCUCGUGUCGGCGAUGGUGGCUGCCAUGAUCUACAGGCAGACAGAGAUCAUCCAUCUGCCCGUGGCGCGGUGGGAGGAGGAAUGAGGCUGUUAAAGGGGCGAGGGAAAGAGUGUGAGACAACGGUGAUGGCACAAAAGGUGAGUACUUGGGUGGUGGAGAUUAAGUCCUAGGCCGAACAGGUGAAGUACACGCGUUGUCACCGAGCCUCAAACAAAAACAUCUUGACAGUAUUUUAAGCAACGUUGAAUUACACGCGUCUCGGCACGGACCCAGCUCAUCUCCACCUGUUGCCUUCGUCCACGCCACAUGUGUCUAACUUUUUGGUGAGCCACGAAUAAAAAUGUACUCUGCUUCUGUGCCUCGGCUGGCGCUUGAGGGUUGGCUGCAGGCCGCGUUGCUCAGAGGGACAUGACGGCGGGGCUGCGUAUUUCGGCGCCUCUAGACGAAAUGCAUGCUGAUAGCGAGGCCGUGAGCGCUGCCCCACGGGGUGAGCGUUUUUGUUUUAUUUUCUUCACUUAUGAC